AUGUCGGAUGGUGUCGCAUCCAGCGCGUUUAAUGGCCAGCACCCACCUGUUGGCUGGUCUCAGCCACAGUUACAGCUGCCUUUCAUCCCGCCACAAAUAUUUCAGGACGCGUUGAUGCUCUCCAAGCCUGUGGAGCUAUCGGACGAACCUACCCUCAUCCGGGCAAUAGCGGAGUGUCGCGAACGGCGCGAAUCUUACAAGGAUGCUCUAAAUAAACUUCAUGGAAAGGACGGACAUUCCGCAAGUUUAUGGAAGGACUAUUAUUUGGAUCACAAGGAUAAAAUUGACGCAGCCGUCCAAGAAAGUGCAACCCCAACCCCGCCACCCAUACGAAAAAACACCAUCAAGAAGCCGGCAAUUGCCUCUUUCAAGCCCGACUCGUCUGCUUCUGAAUCCGAAGCGUCUCGCAGCCCGUCACCCGUUCCGUCUGUCUCUCGAUCAAGAAAGCCAAGGAAGAAGAAGAAGCGCGACGAAACGGAAAUUAUUCAACAACCAGGGAGCUCUGGUGGUCGCCGACAAACUAUCAACAGCCUAACAGCGCACACUCUCGUCUUGAGCAACUCGCGUUUGCCACCCCCCAACACCGAAAUACGUAUCCCUCCGCCGCCUUCCCGCGAACCAAUACCUCCAACUCUUGUCAUUCCCCACAACCGUGGCGGUCACAAAUUUACAACCGAAGACAAGAAGUAUUUUCUUGAGUUUAUUCAAUGGCGGCUUCAAGAAGAUCCCUCAUUGAACCGAAAGGACCUAUGCGAGGAAUUGGGUGAGAAGGCGCCACAUCACAACUAUACGUCUUGGAAUAGUUAUUGGAGCAAUCACCACGACUUGCCUGAUAAAAUCUUGGCCCAAGCGCGGAAUGAGGAUUCAGACAAUGACUCUGCAAAACCUCGGGACAAGAUCCAACCUCUACCUAGAUAUAAGGAAGACAGUUCUGACUCUGAACUCUCUGCGGCUGCUUCUGGGUCAGAAGAUGAAUGGCAAGAAGAAGACGAAGAUUCAGUCGAAAUAGCGACUGAAGAUGAAACCCAGAUGGGUGCUGCUGGUGCACCAUUCAACAGUGCUGACUUCGCCGCCCUUGCUCGUCAUAUCGCGUCGUACCCUAACUGGGAAUACUCAAGCAACGCAGCUAAAUUCGGCGCGUUCGUCGACAAGUAUCCUGAGCGGAGCGCGAAGGCAUGGGGCGAGUUCUAUCGGAGGAAUGAUAAACUGAUCGACCGGAUGGUGCGCAAGCUACAAACCAAAAUGAAGCCAACGCCGAAAGAACGGAAGUUGCCUUCCGUCAAACGAAAGUCAGACCUCGAAGAAGUAGAUGUUGGGAGUGCUAAACGAAACAGGACGGAAUAUUAG